AUGAGAACACCUAGACAGGGGACAACUGUACACAGAGAAUAUGAGAACAUCAGCUGGCUGGACAGGGGACAACUGUACACAGAGAAUAUGAGAACACCUAGACAGGGGACAACUGUACACAGAGAAUAUGAGGACAUCCAGACAGGGGACAAAUCUUCGACAAGCAACCCGGUGGCAGUAGUAGCCUUGUCUGCAGAUUGUGGUGGUCAGCUCAACUCUACCAGCGGUGUCAUUGUGUCACCAGGCUAUCCCAGUGGCUACCCUAUGAACGUCACGUGUGCCUGGACAAUCACAGCAGCUUCAUCAAACGUCAUUGACAUCAGGUUUCGCCAGUUUGACACCAAAUACACCAGUGGUGGCUGCGGCACCGACUACGUCAAGGUCUAUGACGGCAGCGGCACGUCUGCUCCGCUUCUUGCAACCGUCUGCGGCAAACUGGACGAGUCCGAUCUGGCGUCACUGUUGAUUAGGUCAACCAGCAACAAGAUGUACGUCAUGUUUAGGUCAGAUUCUGACCUGGUCAGACCUGGCUUUAUCGCCAAAUUCUGGACACAUGCGUGCCAGGUAGCGGUCACUGAUACCGGUGCUAUAACUAACCCAAGCUACCCGUCCCCCUACCGGACCAACGGGAUGUGCUUGUACGACAUCUCUGCCCCCAAUGGAAAACUCGUCUUCUUACGAAUCUAUGACAUCAACAUUGAAGAGUGCACUAGCUGUAGCUGUGACGCCCUAACAAUCUACGACGGAGCAGACACGACGUCUCCAGUCCUGGGUAGGCUGUGUGGGCUGGGGGACAUGUCAGACAUCCCAGGUCAGCUCUGGUCUACGUCCAACACCAUGUACAUCUCAUUUAGAACGGACUCACAGAACACCUACAGGGGCUAUUACGCUUCUAUCAGCUUUAUCUCCAGCGAUUGUCCAAGCUUCACCUGGGGUGUGACGACAGAGUGCACAACACCGUGCAUCUGUGUGCAGGCCAACUCCAUCAGUUGCAUCAGGAUGACCGGCGUGUGUGUGUGUAAACCUGGAUACUACGGCAGUGACUGCUCAUCCACCAACCCAAAUACAGCGCCAACCAUACCACCAUGCACCACCAACAUCGCAGCAGCAUCAGGUGUCUUGUCCAGCCCCAAAUACUCACAAAACUACACCAACAACCAGCUGUGUCAGUGGAACAUCGUGUCCGGGACGAACAAGUUCAUCGUUCUCAUCAUCACAGACCUGAGAAUGGAGAGCUCACCUGACUGCUCCAAAGAUUACCUGGACAUCUAUGACGGGGUCGAUGCUUACUCCAACAAACUAGGUCGUGUUUGCCAGGGUCCGGUGCCCAGUUUCACGUCAUCAGGAAAUAAGAUGUACAUUGUGAUGAGGACGGAUGGUGCUGGGACUAAUACAGCCACCACAGAGUCAUGUGACUCUACGACAGGCGUCUGCAAGUGUAAGACAGGAUGGACGUCCAGUGACUGCUCGCAAGACGAGGACGAGUGUCUCCAAAAUCGAUGUCCAAGACCUCAGGCCUGUUUGAAUACAUUGGGUGGAUAUGAAUGCUCUUUCUCAAUCGGCACAUGUGAGUAG